AUGAUUUCGCGAACGUUGUUGCUGCUUUGUGGAUUGAUUAUUGCCCUCUACGCCCAAUCCAUCGCCGACAUCUCCGCCAUGCUCAACCAGUCCACCUUGGCCAACGUCUUGGCAGCAAAUGCUGAAACAACGACCGCAGCCAUGGGAGAUGCCGCCAUCCAGCAACUUCUCGCUGAAAUAAACGUUACGAUGGUGACGACUACCCAGAAUCCGGCGCUGAACUCCACGACGAUGAUUGCCACGACGACGCUGGCUGGUAAUUCCACAGCUCAUGCUCAAAACUCAUCAUCUACCAAUGCCGAGGUGGAUCAGCCGUAUGAAGGAUCAGAAGCGCCGAAUGGGGAUAACGUCGAAGCCACCACCAAAGGCGGCUCCCUCUUCGACAAAAUCAGUGUCCCCGACGUCUCGCUCUCCAGCUUGAACUUCUUCAAGGUGCUGCCGACCCGGUUGCAGGUCACGUACGCCGUCUCGUUUGGUGUCUCCCUGCUUCUCCUCACAAUAUUCGGCUGUUGCUCCGGGGUGUUCACAGCCAUCGGCAAGAAAAACAAGCGCAAGGAGGAGAUCAGCCACGCU